CUGGAGUGAUUUGCGCUGAAACAAGAGAGGAGGAGUUGAUGCCAGUCUUCUAGCUCCAGUGGAGAAAUGGAUUCCAAAGAGCCCAGCAUGAAUAAAAUAAUUGUGUAUGACAAGCCCAAUUUUGAGGGGCUCAGCAAAGAGUUCACAAGCGAUGUUGCUGACCUGCAUGAGCUGGAUUUUGGUGACUGCAUCUCUUCCCUCAAGGUUAUAGGGCAACCCUGGGUUGCCUACGCAGUCCCUAGGUUUGAGGGAGAUGGCUUUGCAUUUGAGGAAGGAGAUUAUGAAGAGGUUAACAAGAACAACAACUUCUCAUCCCUCCGACUGGUUCAUCAUGAUCUCUCUGAUCCUCAGAUCACUCUAUAUGAACUCCCCAACUAUGAGGGCCAGAGCAAAGUAGUGAAAGAAGAAACCAACCUUGCCUAUGGUUACUUUAAUGAUCGUGUCUCCUCUCAUGUUGUACAGAAGGGCAUCUGGCUCUUGUACAAGAACCCAAACCGAAGUGGAUGGUAUCACGUUGCCUGGCCUGGAGAGCGCAUCCAUGACUAUAAAUCAGAACUUAAUUUUGAUGACAGUGUGUCCCACCUGCGGCCCUUGAUGCCUGGCCGCCCCAUCAUCACAGCAAAGCUGUUGUGGGACCAGAAAAAAGUGGAGGAUGAGCGGGAUGUCCUGAUAGAUGAGAUUGUGGGAGCCAACUGCACCAAAUAUGACCAAGCAUUCACUGCCAACACCAGCCGGGAAUAUACUGCCACAGUUCUCCAGAGCUUUCACUUCAGCAAUACCACAAGUCUAAAACUGGGCUUCAGUUUCCAAGUCACUGUGGGGGCUUCCAAUGUCUUGGUAGUAGAGAAAGGGAAGCAUGAGUCUACCACUACCAAUGAAAAGGUAGAUGUUAUGCUGCCUGCCAAAAUCCCUCCAUGCACUGAGCUUUCCAUUCAUGUGGUCAAGAAAGAGACAACGACCACAGUUCCAGUGGAACUCACCAUCGUUCAAAAUGGCAGAGAAAGGAAAGAGCUUGCAGAGUACAAGUGCGUGUCAGGUCGCACCAUUAGUACCAGAUACGUCAUGAAGCCCAUCUCCACAGAAGAGGAGACUUCCCAAACCAAGCCUACACCUGUGACUGCGGGAAAGCAUUGUCAUAUAAGCCUUCCCACAAACCUAUAGAAGUGCUUUUCCGUGCUAAGCCUGAGCCAACACCACCAGAAAACAGCUCACAAGCCACACCUGAAUAAGUUGUUUUUGGUGUAGAGGUCCUCAGAGAGAUGGCUAUUUUCAGAUUGUCUACAGGGAGAAGGACAAUGGGAAAGUAUACCCAGUUCUCCUUGACCAUGGUGAUGGUUUGUGCAUUUGGUGUGUGUGUACAUUAUAGAUGGGAGUUAAUAUUGAAUGGUAUGUAUUAGUUGAUAAUAGUGAAAAUGGAGAUUUCCCUGUGAAAAAUUUAUGGCUUCUAUCACUGACGUGCCAUUCUCACUAGAUCAACAGUAAAACUGAGAAUAGAGUUUCUGAU